AUGGCUGUGCGUAGGAGGGCCAAAGCCGAGCAAAACCAACCUCCACCCCCUCCACCCGACGCUAGGGAAGAAAUUCCACCUGCUCCUGUUGAGGAGGUUGAGACCGCAGUGGUCAAAACGGAAUCCGCUGUCGAUCAACAAGAGGGUCAAGUGACGGAGCAAAUGUGGAAAAAAUGCCCGACCGUUCACAGGGAGGAUUCUUUGGAAGAACCAAUUGAUAAACGGCCACGUAUGGACGAAUCUGACUUGGUUGUGUCGUUUACAAUACAACCAAGGAUAAAGAACAUGUCGGUUGCCUCUGAUACAUCGACCAUAAGAGACCCAGCCGUGGCCUUGAGCUUGGCGUCUUCCAUUUCUCUGUCGGCGGCAGGGAGGAUAGCUGAAAUUGGCCGUCGCCAACAUGACGCUAUUGAACAGAUCGGCUUUCUUACAGCCGAGUUGGAAAACGAGAGGCUUAAGGCAGCAGAGGCCUCUCUCCGAGCCGAGUCUGAGGCCAUAAAAGCGGCGGCAGAGAGUGCUAGGGCCGAUGCCGAAGAAAAUAAGGCCAAGACUGCCGACGAACUGAGAGUGGCCGCCGAAGGAAGGGCGAAUGCUAAUGAGGAAGCGCUCAAGUCUGCCAGAGAGAUAAUUGCCAAGCUGGAGGCCGACUUGGAAGAGUCAAAGAGGGCGUUGGCAAAUGCCGAGUCUGAGUUUUCCAAGUCAUUCUAG